CCAAACAUCUUCCUGUUUCCCGAACAGAACAGACAGCCUAUGCAUCAUGCUAGCACUAAGAAAUAAGAAGAUUUCUACAAUGCCACUGGAUGGUUCACAUUCAUCUUCUAACCAGAGCAAUAAUACUUGUUGCUUUUUUGAGGAUCCUGUACUUUCUAAUGGGCUCCCUACAGUUUUAAUAAUCAUUUUUGUGCUAGGAUCUAUAUUCAAUGGGACAGCCUUAUGGGCUUUCUUCUUCCAUGUCAAGUCUUGGAAAUCUAGCACAGUUUAUCUCUUCAACCUGUCAGUAGCUGAUUUUUUCUUGAUUAUCUGCCUGCCAUUCAGAAUAGACUAUUAUCUGAAGCAGAAGACCUGGAUUUAUGGAGAUAUUCCAUGCAGAAUAAUGCUUUUCAUGCUUGCCAUGAACAGGGCAGGAAGCAUUUUCUUCCUUACACUUGUUGGUUUGGAUCGAUAUUUUAAAGUAGUCCACCCGCAUCAUAUAGUCAACUCCAUUUCCAUCUGGAAUGCUAUUUUUGCUACUUGUUCUGUUUGGUUUGUUGCAAUAUCAGUGACGGUGUUUAUUCUCACUAAAGAUCACACUGGUGGAAGCAUUUUCAGGAAUGCAUACUGCGACAGUUUUAUUGUAUGUCCUGCUGACUCAUAUUGGCAUGACCUCUUAUACAUUAUUGAGUUUUUCCUUCCUUUGUGCAUUGUCUUAUUCUGCUCAUACAGUAUCAUCUGGAGUCUUAGACAAAGGAACAUGGACAAAGAUCUAAAGAUUAAAAGGGCUGUCAAAUGUAUCAUCUUGGUUGGAGUUGUCUUCUUUAUAUGCUUUUUACCAAGUGUGUCCUCCAGGAUUGAAAUUAUAAGGCUCCAGGAGUCUCCACUGCACAGCAACUGCAGUAUCUACAGAUCUGUGGAAACAGCUUUCUUUAUCACUAUGUGCUUUACUUACAUGAACAGUAUGUGCAAUCCUUUAUUUUAUUACCUUUCCAAUCCUUCAUUAAGAAAUUACUAUUUAACAAUUAUCAAAAAACUCAGAAUAAGACCAUUUACUUCAAAUUCUGCUUUUCCAAAGUGACAAUUUUCCUUAUAAAUGUGAACCAAAAAAUUUGGAUAGGAUUAAGAUGUGUGUAUCUUUCCCCAAUCCUUACGCACACAAGACACAUAUUUUCCACUCAUCAUGUGUUAGAAUGAAACUUUAUCGAGCCAUUAUUGCAGUACUCCAUUUUUAGACCAUUUAAAUACUUAUCUUAUUUUCUAGCUGCAGCACAGUACCAGAAUGCAUUAGUACCCAAUGGAACAAUCAUUUAUCUCACCAUAGGGCUAAAUUCACACUGUGUAUUAUGUUCUUUUCUGCUAAUAUAUCACUGUACUAGCUUAAUACCCGGCAUUGCCCAGUUUUUCCUUUCUAAUCCUUGUUGGGAAGGAAAAUAAACAAAGGAGGAUGUUUUUGACUUCAUAUCCCGUCCUCAUAUAUUGUUGUCAUAUCCCAACCACAUAUCCGGUCCUCAUAUCCCGACCUCCUAUCCCGUCAUCAUAUCUCGACCGCAUAUACCGUCCUCAUAUCCCGUCCUCAUAUUCCGACCUCCUAUCUCGACCUCCUAUCCCAACCUCCUAUCCCGACCUCCUAUCCCGACCUCCUAUCCCGACCUCCUAUCCCGACCUCCUUUUCCCGACCUCCUAUCCCGUCCUCCUAUCCCGACCUCCUUUUCCUGACCUCCUAUCCCGACCUCCUAUCCUCCUAUACCGGUCCUCCUAUCCCGACCUCCUAUCUCGACCUCCUAUCUCGACCUCCUAUCCCGACCUCCUAUCCUGUCCUACUAUCUUGGUCUUGCUAUCCCG